GCACUAGUGCAGAAUCCAGAAUGGAUGUCCUCUUUGUAGCCAUCCUUGCUGUGCCACUCAUCCUGGGACAAGAAUAUGAGGAUGAAGAAGGACUGGAAGAGGAUGACUAUUAUCAGGUGGUCUAUUAUUACACAGUCACCCCCAACUAUGAUGACUUUGGUGCAAACUUCACUGUUGAUUACUCUAUGUUUGAGUCAGAGAACAGGCUGAACAAGUGGGAUAAGGAGGUAAUGGAAGCAGUAGAGACUACCAUUAGUCGUGAAACAGACCCUGCAGACCAUCAGAAGCCUGUAACAGAGAAACCAGUGACAAUGGAACCACAGAGUCCAGAUCUGAACAAUGCUGUAUCCAGUCUGCAGAGUCCUGGUGCACUCCUUCUGUCCUGGGCCCUCGUUCAGGGGGGGAUGUAUUUCAUGUAGAAGGAGAGGGAACGCUGCUACGACUCAUUGGAUGGGGAUUUGGGAAGAGGAGAGUGGAAGAUUAAAUAAAUAAAUGAAGUAAUCUGGUUACUCUCUACUCCUUUAUGAGGGUCAGUUCUAAAGCUGCAACACUGAAGAGAGCACCAGGAUAUAAGUGUGUGAAGGGUAGAUUAGGAAGGGAGUUAGGCGACAGUAGAGUUAGAGGGAAUUAUUAGGGCUGUGAAAAAAUAAACCCUGAAAUUUUGGGAAGAAUGGAGAAAAACACCCACAAACAACAGGUUUAUUCACAGCCUAUAAUUCCCUCUAAUUCUACUGUUUUGCUUUAUCAUAUAUGGUGUUGAGACAGUAUAUCUGGAGAAAGAAAGUUGAAGUGGAACCCUUUUUAUAAAAUAAGCACAUUGUUAAACAUACGUAAAAUAUCAAAAACUACUUAGAAUAGAUUUUUAAAAUUCACACCCUCCUCCCCUUAUCUCCCCCCUCCAGCCCCUAACUAUGUACCUUUUCAGUUAGUAAUUAAGGCAUUCGAGGACAGACUGUUUUUUUCUUUUUAUAAAUUUAUUUAUUUA